GGAUUUGGCGCGCUUUUGAAGUCCCGGGAGUUUAGGUCGAGGACACACCCCUCUCCGUGCUGCGAGAUGUCCCCGCCGAGCGCUUCCCGGAGGACCCGCGAGGAAGUGGACGCGACGCUGCAGGUUGCCAAGCUGAACGCCACCGAGCUGCUGCCCACGGUGCACUGCCUGAGCUUCAGCUCCGGGACCGGCGGCGCGGCCACCGGCGACUUCUGCCUGCUGGAGCUGGAACCAGCACUGUGCCAGCAGCUGGAGGCCGGGGACAGCUUUGUGAUUAGAGGAGAUAAGGAUGAACAGGCUGUGUUGUGCAGUAAAGACAAAACCUACGACCUGAAGAUAGCAGACACAUCCAACAUGCUGCUUUUCAUCCCUGGAUGCAAAACUCCAGACCAGCUGAAGGAGGAGGAAACACCAAGUGCCAUCGUUCACACGGAGAUCUUUGGCUUCUCUAAUAAUUAUUGGGAAUUAAGAAGAUGCAGACCUAAGUUAAAAAAGCUAAAGAGACUUCUAAUGGAAAAUACCUACGAAGGCCCUGACAGUCAGAAAGAAGAGGAUGCAAGCCGCUCAAAAUAUACAACUGAAGAUUUGCUUAAUCAUAUUCAGGCAAGUGAGGAGGAGAUAAUGGCUCAGUUACAAGUCCUAAAUGCCUGUGAGAUUGGAGGCUACUGGAGGAUUCUUGAGUUUGAUUAUGAGAUCAAACUUCUGAACCAUGUGACUCAGCUUGUGGAUUCUGAAUCCUGGUCUUUGGAUAGAGUCCCCUUGACUGUGUGCCUGCAGGAGCUUGGACCUUUGGAGCCAGAACUUUUUGCCUGCAUGUAUGCGUGUGCACAGGCUGCCUGCACAGGUCAGAAGAGGGCAUCAGCUCUCCUGGACCUGGAGUUAACUGAAGGUUCUGAGGCCCCAGGUGGAUGCUCGAGCUGCUCUGUAGCCCCAGGGGGAGAAAUUGAAAAUAUACAGCUAGAAAGGAUUCGAGACUUUGGGUCACUGAGGGAAAUGAUUGAACACUGUCUUAAAUGCUACGGAAAGAGAUACGUGGACAAAGAUGAUGUCUAUUUUGAAUUGGACGCUGACAAAAUAUGCAGAGUGACCGCGGAGAUGCUGCUGCAGAAUGCCGUGAAGUUUAAUCUUGCAGAGUUUCAGGAAGUGUGGCAGCAGAGUGUUCCCGAGGGAAUGACGACUCGGCUUGAUCAGCUCAAGGGUUUAGCACUGGUUGACAGAAACUCAAGACCAGAAAUCAUAUUUUUGCUCAAAGUAGAUGAUUUGCCUGAGGGAACACAGGAUCGUUUUAAUAGUCUGUUCUCUCUAAGAGAAAAGUGGACAGAGGAAGACAUCACUCCAUAUAUCCAAGAUUUGUGCGGAGAGAAGCAAACUAUAGGUGCGUUGCUUACUAAAUAUUCUCGCUCCUCAAUGCAAAAUGGCAUUAAAGUUUAUAAUUCCAGGAGACUCAUUUCUUAAAAGAAUGAUAUACAACUUUAUAAAGUUGCUGGAUACAAUAAAAAAAUUCUUUUGCA